AUGGCUGCGGCUCGUACGACAUUCCAGACGUCGGUUCUUGCGUCCGCUGUGCGGGCCAAGAAAUUCGAGCUCGAGUUCUUGAAGGAGCAGUUGUCCGCCUCGGAGCUCAUGACGGCUAUCAAGCCGUCGCUCAUUGUUGCCUUUAACAAGGCCAUUGAGGAGUGCCGAGUUCCGAUCUUCAAAUACCGCUUGCAGGGCGCAAGCGGUGAGGAUCAGGAUAUGGACUCACACGAAGGGAACCCCGACGUUUUCAUUACUGAAAAAGGAGGGGCGAACUUCCCUGCUUCGAAAGUCGACGACGUUGAAGUCGUUGGCUGGCAACCUGACCCGUCCGUGCAAACGGAGUUCCACCGGGUUAUGACCGACCUUCCCGCAUGGCUCAUGCGGUGCAUCGUCAUCGUCGACGCGAAGCACGCUGCGCUGUCGACGAAGAUCGAGAAGAAGAAGAAAGUCGAAAAGUUGGCCGAUGUCGAGAUGGCCGAUGUCGCGAAGCCCGGACCUUCUGUCCAGAGCCUCGUCGACAAGGCCGUCGCUGCUCGACUCAAGCCCCUCGAGGGCGUGAUGAAACAGGCGGCGAAAGCCAAGGGCGGGAAGAAGAAGACCGAACCCUCGAAGCCUUCGGGCUCGCGCAAGGGCGGGGACGCGAAGAAAGUCCUCCCGCCCACGACUCGUUCGCUGAACAAAAAUUCGGCGAAGAACUCGAUGAAGCGCGCGCUCGCCGCAGCCGCAAAGUCCAAGACGGCCGCGAAGAAGACCGACAAGAAGGGAAAGGGAAAGGCAAGCAAGUAG